AACUUUCAUUUAUUUUGGCUGAGUUUACACACCAAUAAAAACCCUGUGACUCUGAGUAAGUGUAUCAUUCCAAAAACCCAAAACCCUUUAGGCGGCUACGAGCCCUGUUGUUCUCUAAAGCUUCAAAACUCUCUCUCUUUGGUCAUGGCCACCGUUGCUCCUCUUGAAGAAGCUGCAGACUUGCAGCAGGAUUUGUCAUUAGAUUCCCAGACAAAGGCAUCCGAAGUUUCUGAGCCUGCUAAGAAGCCUUUUACCAAGGAGUUCCGGCCAUAUCAGCGGUCUGCAACCCCAUUGUCACCAGAUCUUAUGGAUCCAACCAUGCGCAAUUUCCCUAAUGUUUAUUCACCUACUGCCCAUUAUUCUGGAGGGUAUGAUGGGACUGGUACUGAGGGGUAUUCUAAUACUUACUCAACAAAUGUAAAUCCAGAUGGCAUGAAAAUGGCUUCUGGAGUAUACGGGGAAAAUUGGUCUUUUAUGCAUCCCUAUGGUUAUGGCUAUGCACCCUAUGAUCCAUAUUCAGUAGCAGGGCCCCCUUUUUCGACUAUGGGAAAUGGUGAUCAGCUAUAUGGGCAUCAGCACUACCAGUAUCCUCACUAUUUCCAGUCGCUGACUACAACCAGCAGGCCACACACCCCUAGUCCUGUUGCUCCUUCCCAAGAGGAUGUUACCACCUCAAUGGCUGCUGACCAGAAGCCUUUAACUGUGGAAACUUCUAAUGUUUCAAGUUGUGGGGGUCUGAAAGGUAAAAAUGGCUCAGCUUUCUCAAAACCAACAUUUGAAAAUUCUUUCCUGCCAGGGAGUAUAUAUGCUUAUGGUUAUCAGGAUCCAAGAUCUACUUUUGAUGGGGUGAGGUAUCCCGUCCCAAGGUUUGAUGGCCCUGUAUUUUCAGAUGAGAAGCCCAGGCCUGUGACUGGUUCCAAAAAGUCAAUGUCAAAUGUCAACAACAUUCUGUCUUCAAAGAACCAGAAUUUCCAACCGAAUUCUCACUUCAUGGGUUUCCAUGAUCCAAUACUAAUGUCCGGCAUUGGUGCAGCUUAUGGGUUUAUGAAUAAUAAUUAUCCGUACAAGUUUCAUGGUCAUUAUGGAAACAUAGCUAGAUAUGGGAUGGGCUUUGGAUACAAUAGUUAUGAUACGCAAACAUACCGGCGUGGAUAUCUAGGAGUUGACCCUAAGUUUAAACACAGGGGACGAGUCAAUGGGUAUGUUGGCUAUGCUAAUGAUGUGGACUGUUUGAAUGAGUUGAAGAAGGGGCCUAGAGGUGGCAAAGGUUUUAAGAACCAAAAUGAAUCUGUGCCCACUGUCUUAGCAGAGGGCCAGAACUUGCCUUCAAUUGAAACUAAUGGUGAGGAAAAGGAUAAGACGAGUGAGAUGCCAGACCAAGAACAGUUCAACAGAGAAGAUUUCCCUGGAGACUGUACUGAUGCUAAGUUCUUCAUUAUUAAGUCAUAUAGCGAGGAUGAUGUCCAUAAGAGCAUUAAGUAUAAUGUUUGGGCCAGUACCCCAAAUGGCAACAAGAAGCUUCAGGCAGCAUACCAGGAGGCUGGUUGCCCUGUAUUCCUUCUCUUCUCGGUCAACACUAGUGGGCAAUUUGUUGGCCUUGCGGAGAUGGUGGGGCCAGUUGAUUUUGACAAGAAUGUGGAGUACUGGCAACAAGACAAAUGGAAAGGCUGCUUCCCUGUUAAGUGGCAUAUUGUAAAGGAUAUUCCCAACAGUUUGUUGAAGCACAUUGCCCUUGAGAACAAUGACAACAAACCUGUCACUAACAGUAGGGACACACAAGAGGUCAAGCUAGAGCAAGGGCUUAAAAUGAUUGCAAUAUUCAAGGAGCAUCCCAGCAAAACAAGCAUUUUGGAUGAUUUUGGGUUUUAUGAGGACCGCCAGAAGAAAAUUCAAGAGAUGAAGACUAAGCAAAAGAAGUUCCUGAUAAAGGAAUGGGAAGGAAAGCCCACUGAUCAGGAAAAAGAAGGUGCAAAUGGGGAGCUGAAAUCACAGAUUCAAUCGGAAGUUACCUCAGAUUUGAUCGAGAAACCUAUACCUAAUGCACAGACUGACGAGGACCUGCAACUUUCAGAGAACAUUUCAAUUGAAAAAUCGGGAGAUGCCCCAAAGGAUGUUAAACCGGUUGUAUCAGAGAAUAGAACUGCAGCAAAUGAGGUUGCAAAUGGUUGCUAGACGCUGCAUUACAGAAUGUUAGUCCAUUUGCUUAUGUGAAGGCUCUUACAAGGACUUCUCUGAGAAGUUUUGCUGCUUCCAAAUAUACACAGAAAAAACAACCGGCCAAUUUUCCAUCUUCCUGGCCAACUAGUGCCUAUUACAUAUGUUUUGCUUUGCUUCAAUAGUCAAUCAUUCAUUGAGUAGUUGAAAGUGAUCUUUAGAAAUUUUAAACCUAGUGUCAAGCCCACUUACUUUUAGGCUGUUUUUUCAAGGUUAGCUCCCAACAGGUUCUGAUACCCUAGGAUUUUGUGUUUGGGGUUUCUGUUUCACUGUUUUAUAUCCCCCUAUUUUGCCCUUACCUCUUAUAUCCUCUUUUUGGGCUAUUUUAUAUCUUGUAAAUCUAGGUAUGCUUCGUUGCAAAGCAAUGAUGCUUUUAUAUUUGCAUGAGAGCUCAAAGUAAGGUGGGAAAAUAGUGUAAUUUUGUCAAGUUUAAAAAGCUUCGUAUUUGUAAGAGCUUGAAAUAAGGUGGGAAAAUAGUGUAAUUUUAUCAAUUAAAAAGCUUCGUCAAUCAUCUACUCUUAUAA